ACCAACCGAAAGAGAGUGAGAGCGUACCACAACGGCCUCGCACCGAAAACAACAACAAGCUGAAACACGAACGCACACAACGAAGCAGGCCAAACAAUUUACAGCAGCAACAGCAAAAAACAAACCCACACACACACAGAACACGAAGAACCCGACAAAAGAAGUCGUGUCGCCAUAUUGAAUCAAGAAUGCUUCAAUUACUACGCACGGAAGGGGUUGAUUCAGAGAAGAGGGUUGGGGUGAGAGAUGGGCGAUGACAGGUAGUAAGAAGAAACAAAUAGCCUACACACAUUUUCUCCCCCCGCUAGUGGGGUUGACCACAUGUGUGCGAAUGUGUGUAGCGGGUUGGUGGUGGUGGUGGUGAUUGUGGCAAUGGGUGUCUGUCUUGCCGCGGUGUGUGUACGAUGUGUGCCCUUUUUCUGCUUCCCUUGUUUCGCUGCUAAUCGCGAAGCAGACGACGGACGGACGGGCCUAUACACGGGGGCCUCUUCGACGCGGUCGUCUGUUUCGCUUCAGAAUCCAUCCAACCAGUCCAGCUCAAGGGGGGACUCCGUGCUGCAAGUGUGCCGUAGUUUGUGCUCUGUUGCUUCAACGUAGGGGCUUCCCCAUUAGCCGGGAGUGUGUCGUCUGUAGAUGGGUUCAUGCAAAGUAGGAAGUAGAUCAAUUCAUUCCGGGGAAGGUGUCCGGGAGCAGUCGGGCAAUCAGUGUUAAGAGUAGGGUGGUUACAACCCUGAUUUCUUGUUUCUAGUCGAUUUAGGAUCGUGUCCAGUUGCUGUUGCGUAAAAUGCAGUCAGGACUGUUUGGCAAAGUGUAGUUGCUGUUGCCGUGGUAGUGAGUACACGGUGCAAGUGUAGUGUCGAUAGUGGCAAGUGAUAAACGUUUGACAAGAAAAUUGAAAACCCCAUCUAGAAGGCGCAGUGCUAGAGUGACGGCGUUACGGGGUGCAUACGUGUGCGUGCAGUGCGCGUGCAUCCUCCAAACAAAGGAAAGUGCUCCCGACCACACACUGUCGCCGUUAGCCAAUGUAGAGCCAUUCCUUCCGGUAGACCCUCCCGCCUGCCCGGAAUCGCUCGCUGUGCGUUCUCAAUUAUACUGGAGUGCGUUCGACACACCCACACCCACGACCCCUUCCUUCCAGCCGUGUGUGCUUGUGCCCUCAGGAAGCGUGAAUUCAAUCCCCACAGCAGUCAUCGGUUUCCCUUCAAUUCAUCCGUGUGAGGUUCACGACUCCCUUGAACCCUGUUGCUGCUGCUGCUACUGCUGAUCGAGUGGGUUGCGCCUGUGUGUUUGUGUCGGUGCUCUCUCUCUCCCUAUCGCUGUGUGUGACGUUUGUUACUUCUUUGUUGGUUAAGGCGAGACCGUUUUCUAUUGCGUAGUUCCUUGCCUUCCUGCGCUGGAGACACACCGCAAAGAGAGGAGGAGGACAACCGCAACAACGAAGCAGUGUUUCGUUGACGGGCGGUCACACACCAACACAAACACAGAUCGGGAAGAGAAGAGAAGCUAGAACCACCCCCUGCGCGAUCGGGACAGCGGUUGCUAAGCGUGCGCCGGAAUUUCUUCGCCUGCUGCGAGUGAAAGGGCAACGACGACAGCAACAACCGUUACGAAAUUCCAACCGGAAGUGAGCCCAACGCAGACGGAGGAAACACCACCAGCUACGACAACGCACGCGACAACGGCACGGAGUUAGCACGAUGAAGGCACGGAACGGAGAGCGUUCACCGUCGCGGCAGAAAAGCUCCGCCAAGGAGCCGAACGACAAGAUGAUGAACCAGAUACAGCUGGUUCGCAAUCGAUUCGAGAAAUCGUGCAUCAUCCCGGAUGAUGAGAUCUCACGAAAACUACCAAAGGAAAUUCUGCUUCGCAUUUUAUCAUACCUUGAUGUAACCUCGCUUUGCCGCUGUGGACAGGUUUCUCGAUAUUGGAAUAUUCUCGCACUGGACGGCUCCAACUGGCAAAAGAUAGAUCUGUUCGAUUUUCAACGAGACAUUGAGGGUCCAGUGAUCGAAAACAUCUCACAGCGCUGUGGCGGCUUUCUGAAGUAUCUGCGAUUGCGGGGCUGCCAGUCGGUCGGCAGCCACUCGAUCCGUACACUUGCCAACUACUGCCAUAACAUCGAGCAUCUCGAUCUGUCCGAGUGCAAGAAGAUCAGCGACGUUGCCAUACAGCAGCUCAGCAAGAACUGCGCUAAGCUGACCGCGAUCAAUUUGGAGUCGUGCUCGCAAAUAUCCGACAGCAGCCUUAAGGCACUCUCAGACGGGUGUCCGAAUUUGUCCGAAAUCAAUGUAUCCUGGUGCAAUCUAAUCACGGAGAAUGGCGUCGAAGCGCUCGCUAGGGGAUGCAACAAGAUCAAAAAGUUCAGCAGUAAAGGAUGCAAGCAGGUGAACGAUAGGGCUGUUAUCGCGCUUGCACUGUACUGUCCCGGGAUCGAGGUUUUAAAUCUACAUAGUUGUGAUAGCAUAACGGAUGCAUCGAUAUCGAAGAUUGCAGAAAAAUGCUGCAACCUGAAGCAGCUGUGCGUGUCCAAGUGUACCGAGCUUACCGAUCAGUCCCUCACUGCCCUAGCGAUGAAUAAUCAGUACCUCAACACGCUCGAGGUCGCCGGAUGUGCACAAUUCACCGAUAGUGGCUUCAUCGCGCUGGCAAAGAACUGUAAAUACUUGGAGCGCAUGGAUCUGGAAGAGUGUAGUCUGAUCACCGAUGCCACUUUGCAGAACCUGGCAUUGGGAUGUCCUAGUCUGGAGAAGCUGACUUUAUCACACUGCGAGCUGAUAACGGACGAAGGCAUCCGGCAGCUGGCCGGUGGUGGCUGUGCCGCUGAAAGCCUUUCCGUCCUGGAGCUUGACAACUGUCCGCUGAUCACUGACGCAACGCUAGAGCAUCUAAUAUCCUGUCACAAUCUGCAACGGAUAGAGCUGUACGACUGCCAACUCAUUUCACGCAAUGCAAUCCGUCGUUUAAGGAAUCAUCUUCCCAACAUAAAGGUUCACGCUUACUUUGCACCGGUUACGCCGCCACCAACAAUAAACGGUCCGCGCCCUAGGUACUGCCGUUGUUGCGAGAUUCUCUGAGAUCAGGCGAUUGGCUUAGCCAGAAAAGUGCUCUGUAGGAGUAGAGACGACUGAUAUUUAUACUUGUAACCGUAGCAUACAUCUUUCGGAUUUGAUAGAACACCCCCCCGGGGCUGAUAGGAGGGUCUAUCGCAUUGUCGUUUGUGCACCACAAACGCUUGAGGCAUCGUGCGGAUCAAGAACCUUUCGUUAAGGGCAGCUAUGGGGCACAACAUAGCCUCCAAAUACUGGCUGCUAGGCCUGGACUGAAAACUACAUACAUACAUACAAACACACAAACACACACAUACACACGAAAACUGCAUUCGCUUUGCAUGCACGGUGCAGUGCACCAGUCGCUAAUUUGAUGUCUCUGUGCCAGUAUGGUGUCAAGAAGAGCGAAACGGAACAACAUUUUACAAGAAGCUGGAUCACAUCCCACGUGUAAUGUUCGUAAACAGCUUAACGCAUGCUUUAGUCGCCUUGUGUGUGUGCGGGUGUGUGUGGGUGUAUGUGUAAGCAUUACUUAGAACAUGUUAGCGUAACACGAAAUGGGCCCUAAACAAACGACGCCGCCGGUGGUAGGAAAGUACGACGAACCGACAACCAAACACACAGAAUAUCACACCAAAAAUUAACAGCUUAUUCUACGUCGAAGUUGUGGAAACGGAGGGGGGGAGGAGGGGGGAGAUUCAGAGGGGGGAGAAAACCACAAAACAACCACACUAACGACAAACACACAAACUCUAUCACAUGUGUUCAGCAAAGCAUAAGUAUGGUGUGAGAUCAGCAAAAGUAUCAUACACACAUAACGUAGCAUAACGAAUCAACGUAUCGUGCAAUCAUUUGUACAUUGAACCAUUGUAGAUGCGGGAGAAUGCGGAUGGCGGUAACAAUAACAACAAAACAACAACAACAACAUACCCUCUCCAAAAAUACCCCCCAACACUUGUAGUAGUUUGAAUACUUAAACAUACCGCCGAUGCACCGCAGGAAAGGUAGGAAAGUGCACACGCGUACGCAUCGAUAAACAUUUUAUGAACAGAAAUCAUCUACUACACUACUAAAACAAUACUUUAAGUGUAUGCGUAUGUGUUUGAAAGACUUGCAACUAAAAAGGAAACAUAGUAUGCAACUGUUUAGAUAAACAUAACAGCAAGAAACGUGGGGGAGGGGGGAGAGGCGGAAGAAGCAACAACUGGUGUACUAAUAAUGCUCACGAGCACUAUCUACAUUAAGCAUCAUUACACUGUGUAGCACAUAAGCUUUUGUACUAGGUGUGUUUGUAAUGUGCAGGAGAUAGCCGGAAUUAGAAGAGAGUGAAAGAAGAGAGAGAGAGAGGGAGAGAGAGAGAGAGAGCGCAUUGCAACCAGAAUUCAUAUUUUUCAUACAAAACAGCAGAAAUGGUAAAAGGAGAAGUGAAUAGAAAAAAACAAGCAAAACAUGGACCGGAUGUGAUGGCUGACAAUGGAACAAGUACACAUACACACACAGGGAUGAUAGGAAAGAUGUUUUACCCGAGUAUGAUGCUAGCAGAUUGUGAUAAACAAGCCCAAAAGCCCCCAUGGUCGCUUUAUGGUAAAGAUCUUUAAUUUUCUUCCGAUAUUACUUGCUUUCGUCCAUGUUUUAAUACUGUAAAUCCGCACAAAAUGUAGCUAUGUUUUCAUACUAUAGCAUCUACCCAACAACUACUACUGGAUUUAAUUGCUACUAUUUCUAACACGGACCUUUGCUUCAUCGUACUCUUAUUCAUUUUUCCCCUUUUCGUAUGUGUGUGUGUGUUGUAUACUGGACGGGUGUGUGAAUGUAGUGUGUGAUUGUGUUGUACAUGCGCGUGAGCUUUAGAGAAUGUGAUCUGGUAAGAGGUAGUAAUGAAAGGAUGAGGACGAGAGUUGCAGGAUCGGUUUUUUGGUAAUGACUGCGGCCGGUUCGCAGCAUAGCAUAGAAGGUUUAGAGGUCUCUCCGGAAAGGGGAGUGAGUGCAUGAAGCACGAAUGAAAGGAUUGCCGGGCACCGUCUUGGAUCGUUUCUUGCAUCUUAUCAUGAGUCAUCAUUAUCAUCAUUAUCAUCAUCAAUACUGUAGCAGUAGCAGUUUUUACACACUGAACAAAAUAAUUCAAAGAGGCCAGACACAGGCAGGGGCAGAUGAUCCGAUAGACCGGACCGGAGCGAGAGCGAGAUGAUGAUAGGCAGCGAUUAUAUUUGAUUGUGAUCUUUACAUAAGCAUAUUUUAUACAUUAUACAUACACUCGCGAGUAGCGUGGGAUUGGAACUGUGGUCACAGAGGGCACACGUGGGUAAGCCAGAAGGGUGAAAGAGCUAAGGUAGCCGAUAUCCCUUAAAUACGAAUACAACUACACAAGUACACACACACACACACACACACACACUAAUUGAGAGAGGUUGGAUUUAUUUGUUGAAGUAAGAGAAUGAUUUAACAUCAAUUUAUGUAUGAAAAAUGUUUGCGAACCCCUACAGACCUCGGUUCUAAUCAAAACAAACAGUGUAUUCAGCAGUUGGUACCGGUGGUUGAAUUGCAUUUUCUUUCACUGUUGAUUAGUUCGUCCCGUGCUUUGUGUGCUUUGUGUUUCUCCACCCUCAUUGAGAUCGUAAACUCCGGUUGGGUAUAUUUGUUUUUAGUUCUAUAUGAAAAAGUUAAGGCAAAACGACCAGUUGAACAAAAGAGUAGCUGUUAAGAGCUGUGUGCGCAUGUGUUUGUGUAUAUGUUUGUCAAGUAAGAAUAUGCUUAUUCGUAUACGUUUUUUGUAUGGAUUCAAUUUCCCAAAUGAAGAGACUCAAAUUCGGAAUACAACACUGUGUCAUUGCAACAAUAAUAUCUACCGCAUAAACACACACACACACGGAAACAUUAAUUUCGCCCAGUAAGGAAACGACGGAAUGUGUGUGUGGGAAUCUAGGAUCUGUCACUGGCGUGUGAUCAGGAGCAACAUCCAGUACUGGGUAGAGAUCGCGCGCACGCGUGUAGGCAAGCGAAAAUAUGGUUUAAAUAAAACAAACGAAAAUGAAAUAAACAACAAUAAUUCAGAUUAUUUUAA